UGAGACCCCGAAUACAAUUCUUUCGUCAGGUCGGCCGAAUAAAAGGCUGGUCAGUUCGUUCUUCUACAAUGGCGAGUUGCAGACAAGUCGCGCCACUGCCAACCGGACCCCAACAGCAGCCUGACCUGCACCUACAUCUCAUACAGCUCAAGACCAUCGACUCCUUUCAGGGUAGGGAAUCGAACAUUGUCAUACUCGACCUCCCCGUUGUUUCCUCCCUGGGUUUUAUGCGGGAGGUGAUCGACGAUACUACCGAUAAACAAUCGACUGCCUCAGGUCCUGUUCGUACUCCGCAGCUGAGUCGGUCGAAAUAUGCACUCUAUAUCAUUGGCAACUACAAAGCCAUGGAUCGACCUAACUUGAGCGGAAACAGAAGCCUAGCCCAUUCGCAUCGAGUGCCAGUCCCGGACGAACUUACAAUCACUCCGCCCGACACCGCGGUUGAAGAGCAGAAUGAUGUGCAGGCGAGUGGUAGCUGGAAUGAGAAUGGCAUGGAGCUGGAUGGCACGGCGGCCCAGCCUGGCGCAAGCGACAACAAUCCUACGACUGGUGGUGGCCGAUUGCAGAUUGCUAAGGAGCAUGGCCUGUCACAGCAGCCGGCUGUUACGGCUACCAUCGACAUGACACUUUUGCGAUUUUUCAAUUUCUGCAAGCGGUACAUCGAACUCGGGGGAAAGUAUACUACCUUAUGCGAUAUUCCAGCUUCCUAUGACUGGUUUGUGGGAGCAAGAGCUCCUAAGAGCAUCGACGAGUGUGUCGUCGAAAAAGAAGAAUUGUUCCGGAUUCCUGCAGCCACCACUGCUAGACAACUAUUACCAGGUGGCAGAUGA